CCUCUCUCUCUCUCUCUCUCUCUCACAAUGGCUGCUACUCAGUCGCUGGCUAACAUGAUGGGCACCCAUCCGGGCAUUACCUGCGAUGGCUGCGGUGUCGAGCCCAUGUUUGGUCUCCGGUACAAGUGCAGCAAGUGCGCCAACCAUGACCUCUGCGAGGCCUGCCACGCGACGUUCCUCAGCGGGACGCUGCCGCACAACAACCCGAAGAACCCACUGUCGCGGCUGGCAGAGGACCACGCGUUUGAUCCGUUUGUCGAUCCCACCGGCAAGCAGUUCCAGCCGCUGAAGAAGGUGUCGACGACGACGGCGACAGUGGCCAAGGGGCCCAAGGUCAAGCCGAACGACAAGUGCCCUUGCGGAUCGGGCAAGAAGUACAAGAAGUGCUGCCGCAAGCUGUGA